GGCUGCGAGAACACGUGUGUCUCCGCGUGUCGACAUCUGUGAUCGUGUCUGUGAACUACAACAAUUUUUAAUUUUCGUUUUUGUUGAAAGAAAUCAAACAGUUUAAUGAUAGGCAAUUUGACGUCAUGAAACAUCCAAUGGAUUGACACCUUCGAUAAGAAUAGAAUCGCACUUUUUCGAAUCACAAACUGAAAACAAAAUGGUGGUCGUGAAAUUCGCAGUGAUUUUCUUGCAGUUGUUGUUAUUGCCAAUCAUCGAUGUUCAUUUGGAUCAAAGUGUGGCUGCAUCGGCCAUUAUCCAACGGUUAAUCGUGCGCCUAGAAGAACCCACUCUUCCAUCGAGCGACAAUUGCACGUUCUUCAAACAAAUCGAGAAUGUGUUGACGUCGACGUCGGAGCAGCUGCACAACGUGACCGGGGGUCGGUUGCAAUGGGACAGGAUCAGCGUGUUGGUCUCUAAAUCGCUGGCGCAAGAUUGUUUUCGAUUGACGAGACAUCAGCAGCGAUUGCAAGUCAUCAAGAACAAGAGGAUGAACGCGCAAUUGGCCGCCUCGCAGACGGCCGACAUCGUCAUUCACGACGGAUCGCAUCCGCUCAUCGCCGAUCUACCACACGCCAAACAGUACGGCGGAUGCAAUCAGCAAGGAUUGGGAGUUCAUCUGAGUCGUUCGUUUAUCCGCUCCUAUCAUCCCCUUCAUUCCUUCAUUUCCGGUCGGCAAGUGUUGAGAGAAUGGGUGAAACAUCGGUACGGCGUGUUUGAUGAAACGGGGUUCGAUGCCGACCUUCAGUAUCCAUUACACACGUCGGAAUACGGUUCUCAUCCGCCCAACUCUACUGAGCUGCAACAAGAGAAUUCCUGCACGACAUUUGCCAACAAUACCAGUGACGCUGGCCAAGAUGAUCGGCGGAACGGACAUUUCGACACGGCAUGGAAUUCGACGUCGCAAGAGGUGAAAGCGACGCCACCUCAGACUUCAAUCAUGGCAUCGUUGGACGCGGAAGAUUGGUGCGAUGGAUCGAGCCACAUCCGCUGGAUGCCGACCAAACAGAACGUGCUCUGUCAGGAGCAGAGCAUCUGGCAAGUCAUGGAGACCCACCCGGAUUUUAAACGUCCAUCGCCAUCGACCACCACUGAAUUUGUCCCGAUGACGGAUGAUCCAGCCGAACCAUCCGACGAUGGAUGGAUGGCCUUUUUCCCGCCUGAAUUUGAAUAUAUUCUACCAUCCAACGGACAUCGUUACAUCCUCGUUCUCGAUCGAACUCCAUCCAGCCGAAGAUGGAGUUUAAUCCGGCGGGCGCUCUACCGUUGGAUUCACGCUCUGCCAUCCACGGAAGACCGUGAAACUCAUUUGAGCGUGAUCGUCUCAUCGGCCAGCGAUCAUCUGGUCGUCCUUGGAUGGACCAAAGUGACGGCCGAGAAUCGCGACGGUCUCGUCGGUCGCAUCCCCCGUCGCCCUCUCGGCUCGUCCCCGCCAAUGUCCUCCGAGCAUCUCGUGUCUGCCAUCCGACUCGCUCAUCAGAUGUUGAACGAUGAAAAGGAAGCGACGUGCUGCGGAGGACAAUUGAUUGUAUUGGCUGGAACGUCGAUCGAAAUGCAAUUGGACGAGCAGCACGACGUCACCGUGCACGCCAUCGCUUUCCCGAGCAGACGGACGACGCUCAUCGAUUUGGGCGUCGUCAACGGACUUCAAUUGGCCGUCGACGACGAUGACGAAGAGACGUCGCUGACGCAAUCGCGAUUGGCUGCCGCCUUCCUCCAAAUCUUGCGCUACGACCAACUCGAUACACCUACCCAGGUUCUAGAAGAAACGGUGACGUCCACCAAUCAAAUGCAAUCUGGAACUUUCACGCUGGACGCUCCACUCGGCGCCAAUGUCCGCGUGGUGGCGCAUUGCGCAGACGAAGCUGAUCUCGACACGGUCGAAGUCGUCAGUCCGAACGGACGCGUCUACGAUCUUCCGCUCGUCUCUGACGGAAUGUUGCACAUCCGCAUUCCGCACACGGAUGAGUUUGGAGAGUGGAAUUACCGACUCAGAUUCGCACAGCCUGUCGCGUCUUCGUCGAGACAACAGGUGGCGACGACGGUGGAAGUGACUGCCCAGCCGGCCAUGACCACGACGCAAAUCUACGACCAGGCCAUCACAGUCCAGGCCUGGACGAACGUCGGACGCGUACCCGUCAAUGCCUCGCAAACGCCCAUUUUGAUUUACGCGGAAGUUAGGCGCGGACGUAGUCCCAUCGUGGACGCUAAAGUCACUGCUCUCGUCUAUCCGCCGGAAGGAUCCGACAAUUCCACUGUCCAGGGUCCUUUUCUUGUCCAGCUGUACGACAAAGGCACCGGAGAUCCGGAUAUUACGCGGGCGGAUGGAAUUUAUUCCGCUUAUUUCACCAACGCCAUCAAUCAACCUGGACAUUAUGCCGUCACCAUUCAAGUGACGGAUAACAAUAGAAAGGCAUCCAUUCCCGUCAGGAAACUCAAUCCGCCCGCAGCGGCUGCAUCCACCGACGCUUGUUGUGGCAGUUCCAUGCCUUACGAACAAACCGUUUUAGUUCAACCCUUCCGGCGGAUCAUCAGUGGUCCCAGUUUCGUCACUGUGGACGGACCCAGCGAAGACGAAGAUGUUUAUCCACCCGGAAGGAUUUCAGAUUUGCGUGUCGAGCGCAUCGUCAACGCGACCAACGAAGUCGAACUCGGCUGGACAGCGCCCGGCACGGAUUACGAUUCCGGAUCGGCUGCAUUUUAUCAGAUUCGUUGCUACACGGAUCGUUCGGCUUUGAACGAUUCCGGUUCGGCUAUUUUAGUUCACGCUUCACUCACUCCGCAACCGCUUCCGGCCGGAACGUGGCAAAAGGCCAUGGUGGCUGUCCCUUGGCCCAAUCAGAUUUUCUAUUACGCCAUCGUAGCCGUGGAUUUCGCCGGAUUGCGGGGCAAGGUCUCCAACAUCGUUCCGGUGUACAUCGAGGAACCUCCUCCGCCACCCACGACGACGACAAUCAAUCCGGUACCUCUCCUUCCGGCUGGUGAACUGGACGGCAAUAACGUCACACGACCGGAAGCCGCUUCUCAGGCCUUGUCGGAACAGCAGAUGUACGCCAUUGCGGGUGGAGUGGCUGGAUUCAUUCUACUCUUAGUUAUCCUAUCGAUCGCUGCUUGCCUAUCCAGGCGGAAGCGGAGCGACGAUCGACAAGAGAAGCCGAACAAAUCGUCAUCUUCUACUUUGAAAAUCCAAGUGGAACCGUUGAAGAUUAGCCCGUCUCAUCACCAUCCGGCGGAAGCGAAUGCUCAACAUCAGAAGGAGCAGGAAGCCACGGCUGCUGCCACGACGAAGUCCAGCAACGAAUCACGGCCCGUCUACAAGAUUUACGUCAACAACGCUUACAUCCAGGAAGAAGACGGCGAAUUAAAAAUCGUCACUCCGGACGGACGCAUCAUCCAGCGGGGCUCGCCUUGGUUCUCCUCGGCCAACACGUUGCCUCGCGGACGCAGUUUGACGAAUUUAGAAGGGCUGGAAGCCGGAACGAGUGCGACGGAUUUGAAUCACUGGUCCCUUCCGCGGGCCAAAACGUCUCCGCACCGGCACAAGGUGCUCACCAACGGAAGCAUCAUGCCCAACAGCGGAAGUCAGAGUGUCAUCAACAUCAACAAUCCGUCCUCUUCUUCCGGAGCGGGAGGUGGGGCCAUCGCUGAUGGGACGUCCAUUUCAUCCAAACCGUCCGUCUCUUCAGACGAUACGGGCAUUGAAGUCUCUGAUCAUCAGACGGAUUCUAGAGAUAGUGCUGAAAUGAUUCUGCCUCCGCCGGGAUUCGGACCCAUUCAAAAUCAUAACGGAUACAUGCCCAUGUACGCCAAUCACAAUAUGCUUCCGCCUUUGCCUCCCUCUCCGGGCAUGUCUUCUCAGCAUCAACAGGAUUCCCGUUUGAUGCGGAUGCCGAGCUUCCUGGACAACAAUAAUCCAGCGGAUCAUCACGAUGUCAGCGGCGGAUCGUUGGCUUGGCUGGGUGAUUUCCCCGACUCGAAUUUCUGCAGCCAACCGUCGAGUAGGCGGCCUUUGAUGAUUGGAUCGUCUUACGGAACAGGAAGCGAAGAUCGGACGCCUCAAAUCAGUCCGCCUCCGCCAUCAACUCCGACGUCUCAAUCUUCUGUUGUUCAUCAGCCCAGGAGGAAAACUAGGCACAUUUCGUUCGUAUAAAAGUAUUUUUGUUUUUAAAUAAUUUGACAUAUUUUUUUUUUUUUCAAAAUUGUGGAGUAAGCGAUAAAUGUACAUAUGAUGCAUCAAUUGUGAUAUACGUAUAUAAUUAUGUGAGACUUUUGAAAAUAUAAAAAUUUGUCUACCUUUGAAAUCAAAGAUGUUACGCCUCGCUCUAUUUUCAACCCGUCACGGAGAACAUGGGACAUCCGCUCAACUGCUUUUUAUUGACUUUGGCUGUAAAGAUUUUAUCAUCGUCACAGGUGUUUUUUUUUGUGUUUCAAACAACGAACGU